UCGCGAAUAUGAAGUCUUGAAUCGAAAGACGGUAAUGUAGGUAAAAGGUCAUUGACGAGCUGCUCUCUGGAACUCAGUAAGGAAUAUAACCGGUUGACCUUCGCUGAUUUUUAUAUAAAAAGUAACAACAAUGUCGCUCUUAAGAGGUGUUUUUAUUGUCUCGGCUAAGAGGACUCCGUUUGGGACAUAUGGAGGUGUUCUUAAAGAUCACAGUGCUACAGACUUGGCUGAGCAUGCUGCUAAAUCUGCACUUGGUGCUGCUAAUGUGGCUCCAGAAUUAGUUAACAGUGUUAUCAUGGGUAAUGUCAUGCAGAGUUCUGCAGAUGCUCCCUACAUUGCACGUCAUGUUGGGCUCCGGUGCGGCGUGCCAAUAGAAGUUCCAGCUCUGACUGUGAACCGACUUUGUGGCUCAGGGUUCCAGUCCAUCAUCAGUGGAGCUCAGGAGAUUUGCCUAAAAGACUCUGAGAUUGUACUCUGUGGAGGGUCAGAGAGCAUGAGCCAGGCCCCUUACGCUGUGCGCAACAUCCGCUUCGGCACUAAGUUUGGCACUGAUUUGAAGCUUGAGGACACACUGUGGGCAGGGCUCACAGACCUUCAUAUUAAGACCCCUAUGGGCAUCACAGCAGAAAAUCUAGCAGAAAAGUACCAGCUUACACGAGAGGAUUGUGACCAGCAUGCCUACCAGACACAGCAGAGGUGGAAAGUUGCUAAUAAGGCAGGAUACUACAAUGCUGAAAUUGCACCUAUUGAUGUAAAGGCCAAAAAAGGGACGGUGGCUAUGACCCAAGAUGAACAUCCUCGUCCACAAACUACGCUGGAGCAGAUGGCGAAACUCCCACCCGUGUUCAAGAAAGGGGGCACAGUCACUGCUGCCAAUGCUUCGGGUGUAUCAGAUGGCGCUGCAGCUGUGGUGUUAGCGAGUGAGGAUGCUCUAAAGCAGCAUAAGCUCACUCCAUUGGCUAGAAUUGUAGCAUAUCACAUCUCAGGCUGUGACCCUACAAUCAUGGGCAUUGGUCCAGUACCUGCUAUAAGAGAGGCCCUGAAGAAAGGAGGGCUGACAUUGAAUGACAUGGACUUAGUAGAGGUGAAUGAAGCAUUUGCUGCCCAGUAUUUAGCAGUUAAUAAAGCUUUAGGACUGGACCCAGAAAAGACAAACAUCAAUGGUGGAGCCAUUGCAAUCGGCCAUCCAUUAGGAGCAUCUGGGGCCAGAAUCACUGCCCACUUGGCUCAUGAGCUCAGGAGGCGGGGUGGCAAGUAUGCAGUGGGCUCAGCCUGUAUUGGUGGUGGCCAGGGUAUUGCAGUAAUUCUGGAAAAUACCAAAUAAGCAAAAGGAGAAACAUGAAUGUAAAAGCAAAACAAAAUGCAUAAACACUCCUCUACUUGUGAACUUACUUUGUUCAUGUUCUUCAGAUUUUGAUCAUUCUGAUUCAAACGACUAGACAGUAUUACACAAAAUUACACAAAAUCUUUGACAACGUUAUAAUUUCAUGACAUUAAACACUUGUACACUGUAUUAUAAAAUAUUAAAUUAAAUACAUUAGAAAUUAGGUAAACCUGUUUCCAGACAUAUUUUCAAGCUUUUUUGAAGAAUUUAACAGCAUAAUUAGGUAAAUUAGGUCAAUUCACAAAUGUGAAGCACCUGACUGUGGUUUAUACACAUUUUAAUACACAUUUAAGUAAACUGGUGACUGUUUAAUAAUAUUUACUCUACAUUUUUAAUAAGUGCCUGUUUUUCAUUUUGGACCAUUAAGAGUUCAUGUAUUGAAUGUCAGCUCACUCCUGGUAGCAAAUUUGUUACAUAAUCCUCAUGGACAAGACUUUGGGAAACAUGUUUGUAAUCUUCUGGAUGCAUAACAGUAAAAGUGUCAGACCUAAAUGUUUGGACUUCUCAAUGUACAAAUAAAGAAAAAUUUGCUUUAUCUUUUUAUUUGA